AAAGCAAUUUUGUUAGUGUAAUGGGAGUAUCAAAUGACACAAUUGAAGCAGAUGUAAUUAUGAAGCCUAUUGACUCGUUGGAGAAUUUUGAUGAACAGGAAAAUACGUUAAACUCAAGUAAAGUAGCAAGGUUGCAGAAGAUUCGUCAGAUUAGAAGUGUGGGUGGACCAACUCCGCGGAGAACAAUUAAAAAUGUGCUAGAUUGUGUAUUAGAGCGCAGCGUGCAAAAUUGUUUCAGCAAAGAUGGGUUGAAAGGAAAGCGAAAAUUUCUAAGUACAGCACUUUAUAAAUGUUUAAAAACUGCACUUAUAUCUGACAAAGGUGGUUUUGAAGGGAGCGAUAUUGAAAGACUUGUUGGUGAUUUGUUAAAACGGGCUGUACCAAAGUGGCAAAAAGAAUAAAGUUGUCACGAUUCUUCAUUAAGUAUUGUAACAGAAGAAACUUAGUUUUUUUAUUACUUAUUGUAAAAGACGCUCUAACAGUAAAUGGAAUCUAUUUUUAUUUUUUUG